UCUCUCUCUUUCUCUCUCUCUCUCUCUCUCUCUGAGACUUUCAAUAAUGACGGAUGGUCAUCUCUUCAGUAACAUCCUUCUUGGUGGUCGUGGUGGCACGAACCCUGGGCAGCUGAGGGUUCAUUCUGGAGGGAUUAUAUGGAAGAAGCAGGGAGGUGGGAAGGCUGUUGAAGUUGACAAGGCGGACAUUGUUGGUCUGACCUGGAUGAAGGUCCCUAGAACUUAUCAGCUUGGGGUUCGGAUUAAGGAUGGUCUUUACUACAAGUUCACAGGUUUCCGAGACCCGGAUGUUAGUAGCUUGACGAACUUCAUUCAAAACUCUAUUGGAGUAACACCUGAAGAGAAGCAACUUUCUGUUAGUGGCCGGAAUUGGGGAGAAAUUGAUCUGAAUGGAAAUAUGCUGACUUUUCUGGUAGGUGCCAAACAGGCAUUUGAAAUAUCUUUAGCAGAUGUCUCCCAAACACAACUUCAAGGAAAAAAUGAAGUUUCCUUGGAGUUCCAUUUGGAUGAUACAACUGGGGCUAAUGAGAAAGAUUCUUUGGUGGAGAUGAGUUUUCAUAUACCAAAUUCCAAUACCCAAUUUGUUGGUGAUGAAAAUCGACCUCCAGCACAGGUUUUCCGUGACAAAAUUAUGUCAAUGGCGGAUGUUGGUCCUUCGGGCGAAGAUGCCGUUGUUACGUUUGACUCGAUUGCCAUUCUUACACCUAGGGGUCGGUACAGUGUCGAACUACAUCUUUCAUUCUUGCGACUCCAAGGACAAGCUAACGAUUUUAAAAUCCAGUACAGCAGUGUUGUUCGCCUUUUUUUACUGCCAAAGUCUAAUCAACCACAUACCUUUGUUGUUGUUACACUUGACCCACCAAUCCGUAAAGGUCAAACAUUGUAUCCACAUAUUGUAUUACAGUUUGAGACAGAUAAUGUGGUUGAGAGUCAGCUGUCAAUGAAUGAAGAUCUCUUGAAUACAAAGUAUAAGGAUAAGUUAGAACUUUCAUAUAAGGGGCUCAUCCAUGAAGUCUUCACUAUGAUAUUACGUGGCUUAUCUGGUGCCAAGGUUACUAGACCCGGUAAAUUCCGGAGUUGUCAAGGUGGUUAUGCAGUGAAGUCUUCAUUGAAAGCUGAAGAUGGGGUCUUAUAUCCACUAGAGAAAAGCUUCUUCUUUCUACCUAAACCUCCUACUCUCAUUCUCCAUGAUGAGAUUGAUUAUGUUGAAUUUGAGCGGCAUGGUGCUGGUGGUACAAGUAUGCACUACUUUGAUCUUCUUGUGAAGCUCAAGAGUGAGCAGGAACAUCUUUUUAGGAACAUCCAGAGAAAUGAAUACCAUAAUCUUUUUGACUUCAUUAGUGGCAAGGGUUUGAAAAUAUUGAACCUUGGGGAUCUCAAAGUUACUGAUGGUGUUGCUGCUGUUCUUGGGGAUGAGGAUGAUGAUGCUGUUGAUCCACAUCUUGAGCGGAUUAGGAAUGCAGCUGGUGGUGAGAGUGAUGAAGAGGAUGAAGAUUUUGUUGCAGAGAAGGAUGAUGGAGGCUCUCCAACUGAUGAUUCUGGGGGGGAGGAUUCUGAUGCUAGUGAAAGUGGUGAUGAAAAAGAGAAGCCUGCCAAAAAGGAGGCCAAGCAAGAUCCUUCCGCUUCAAAGGCAUCUUCAUCUAAGAGGAAAUCCAAGGAUGGAGAUGAAAAUGGUGUGAAAAAGAGAAAACAGAAGAAGAAAAAAGAUCCAAAUUUGCCAAAAAGGGCAAUGUCUGGCUUCAUGUUUUUCUCACAAAUGGAGAGAGAAAACAUAAAGAAAGAUAAUCCUGGAAUACCAUUUACUGACGUGGCAAGAGUUCUUGGAGAAAGGUGGAAAAAGAUGACAGCUGAAGAGAAAGAGCCCUAUGAAGCAAAGGCUCGGGUGGAUCAGAAGCGCUACAAGGAUGCCAUGGCUGACUACAAGAACCCUACAAACAUAGAUUCAGGGAACGAAUCUGAUACUGAGUAGUCUAGCAAAAAUGUAGCCUUAUUUUAUGGAUAAACAUAUAAUGGCAUGUGGUAAUUUUGAUGCUUCAAUCUAUGUUUUGGU